AUCCAAAUACUUUAGUUGACUGAUUGAGUACACUAAGGGAGAAGGGUCCUGUAGAAGAGAGAGCGUGUGCUUGAGAGAGCCAGUGACUUUCUUGGGAGUGCUUUGACUCUGUCUCUCUGUCCCAGGAGAGGAGGAGGCGAUGAGCUGUCCUGCUAAAGCUCUGGAGGGCUGAUUGUUCCCCACCUCAUCGCAUCUCUGUGCCUGACUGUGUGAACUGACCCUCCAGUCCUCCUCAACAGCACAUCUUAUCUGAUUCUGCAGCUCUCUGUCUGAAUCUGCGAGCACCAUGAGCUCAUCUGGGGCAAACCUCCACAACAAGCGUCUACCCUCGGAGACCGAGCAUGCUCAGAGGGUCCCAGGAAUGGACGCAGCCCAGCAGAUGAAACUGAGAGAGCGACAGCGCUUCUUUGAGGAAGUCUUUCAGCACGAUGUGGAUGUCUACCUGUCCUCUGCCCACUUGCAGAUUCAUGACUAUAAGAGACCUCCCAUUGGCAGUGUCUCGUCCAUGGAGGUUAAUGUGGACAUGCUGGAGCAGAUGGACCUCGUGGACAUCUCUGACCAGGAAGCACUGGAUGUCUUCCUCGGCUCUGGAGGGGAUGAGGGGGUGCUGGCCUCCCCUCUGCCAGGUAAAUUAGUUCAUGGAAACAACAACAACGAUAAGGUAAUCAACCAGGGACGCUCUCUCCACUACACUGACGGUUGUGAUGGGAAGUUCCGCGUGGCCUCCACCUCCUCCACCAACAGCCAGAACACCAAUGAGGACGGACGGGACACCCAAGUCAUCCAAUCAGAUGAUGAAGAUGUGCAUGUCAACACAGUCUUGCUGAUGGGAUCACCCCCAGGGAAAGAUGAGGAGAAGAAUCGGUCUAUCCUCUCUUCUUAGGCACCUUCCUUCACUUGCAAUAUUCAGUAACAUUUUGGACUUACUGAUGCUUACAAGUAUCACUUAAACUGGACACACACACUUCCAUGGACUGGCAAGACAACUGCCACUUUCCACAGCCUUUUCUUUACUGUUCAUUUUGUUUUGCCUGAACUGUACAUGUAAAGCCAACUCUUCUCCAAGCUUGUCCCCAUUUCUACUUCUGGAAUGUAGAUGACAGGACAUUCCUUUCUAUUUCCUCAUUUAGCAUCCUAUUAAGAUCUGUCAAUGUGUGGUACUGUUUUGGGAAGGACAUGUUUGUGUGUAAGCAGGCUUUACUAUACUACAGAUCGGAGCAACCGAGUGUUGGUAAAAAAAAGUAAUCAUCUGUAUUAACCAGGUUGAAAUAAAGGUUGAAUAAUUUAUGAAAUAAAGAUGUAGAGAAUUAAUAUUUGUUUUAUGUCAGAACUUUUUUUUCUUUAGAGAGAAACAUAUAAACUGUGCACAACUCUGCCAUGCUUUGUAAAUAUGUCCCUUAGUUCCCAUAUUCCCUAAAAUGUUCAACCAACCCAAAACACCUGCCACAAAUAAGGACAUGUUGUACAUAGUACUUAGUGGUGCUUUAAUUUGUUGUAUCUUUCACUUAGUCUCCUCUUAUUCUCUGACUUAAGGUUGAUUUAUUUUAACUAUGAAUAGGAAUAAAAGAAUAACACUUGU